CAAUAUAAGGCCAGAGAGCCAAUCCGGACGGUCGGGAUCCCCAAUGAGCGUCGCUCCCAGGCCCUGGAGCGGGGCUCUCUGAGCCAAUAGGCGGUGGCGGCGGGCGGGCACAGGCGAGCCGCGGCGCGGCGGAGGCGGAGCUGGCGCUGCGGCAGGAGGGAAGAUGGCGGACGAGGAGAAGCUGCCGCCCGGCUGGGAGAAGCGCAUGAGCCGCAGCUCAGGCCGAGUGUACUACUUCAAUCACAUCACUAACGCCAGCCAAUGGGAGCGGCCCAGUGGCAACAGCACCAGUGGUGGCAAAAACGGGCAGGGGGAGCCCGCCAGGGUCCGCUGCUCACACCUACUGGUCAAGCACAGCCAGUCAAGGCGGCCCUCGUCCUGGCGGCAGGAGAAGAUCACCCGGACCAAGGAGGAGGCCCUGGAGCUGAUCAAUGGCUACAUCCAGAAGAUCAAGUCUGGAGAGGAGGACUUUGAGUCUCUGGCCUCACAGUUCAGCGACUGCAGCUCAGCCAAGGCCAGGGGAGACCUGGGUGCCUUCAGCAGAGGUCAGAUGCAGAAGCCAUUUGAAGAUGCCUCGUUCGCGCUGCGGACGGGGGAGAUGAGCGGGCCGGUGUUCACAGACUCUGGCAUCCACAUCAUCCUGCGCACGGAGUGAGGGGUCCUCGGCGUCCCCCGCCCUGCUGCCGUCACACAGUAUUUAUUGUUCCCAAAAUGGCUGGGAGGGGGGGCUCUUCCAGUUUGGGGGCUCUGGGGCCCCACUCCCUGUCCGCCCGUGUUGGGGCCGCCCCUGCCAGACUCCCCCUUAAGGCAUUGACUUCAGAAGGGCGGUGGGGGUGGGGAGGUUCCCGGGCCCAGGGGUAGGGGAUGUCCCUAAGAGAAGGCCUAGUCAGCGGAGCCUCCCUGUGCCCCCAGUCCUGAAGGCAGUCAGGGGUCCCUGGGUCAUUGUUUCUAGUUAACUCCACGUUCCUCUGUUCAGUUGCAAAGUGCAAAUGCCCUGUGUGGCCCGGCUGUGGGCCCUCAGAGCCCUCCCUGAGCGGUGGUGCAGCGCCCUUUGCAACCCUGAUUAAACCUGAAACCACUGCUCCA